AACGAUUUGUCCCAGGCACAGUUCGAUCAGUUUCAUUCCUUAGUCAACAACUGCCUUCCUUCCAUCAACCAUGGCAUUCAAAUUCGUAACCUUCUUCGCCUUGAUGGCCGUUGCCCACGCUGGACUCAUCGCUUCCCCAGCUGUGUCCUAUGGCGCUGCUCCAGCUCUGUCCUACGGUGCCCCAGUUCAGCAGCUGGCCUAUGCCGCCCCACUGGCCAAGACUGUCGUGGCCAAGCAGGUUAUCGCCGAUGAGUAUGACCCCAACCCACAGUACUCUUUCUCGUACGGAAUCUCCGAUGCCCUGACCGGUGAUCAGAAGUCCCAGCAGGAAUCCCGCAACGGAGAUGCCGUCCAGGGAUCUUACUCCGUUGUUGACCCAGAUGGCGUCAAGCGUACUGUCGAAUACACUGCUGAUCCGAUCCACGGAUUCAACGCUGUUGUCCACCGCGAACCUCUGGCUGCCAAGGCCGUCAUCGCCCAGCCAGCCAUCGCCAAGACUGUGAUCGCUCAGCCAGGUUAUGCUUCCUAUGCCGCUCCAGUUGCCAAGACCUACGUCUCGCAGCCAGCUUACGCCUCGUAUGCUGCCCCAGUGGCCACCAAGACCAUUGUAUCUCAGCCAGCCUAUGCCUCGUAUGCUCAGCAGCCAGCUUAUGCUAGUUAUGCUGCCCCAGCUACCUACGCCUAUCACCAUUAAGAGACUGAAAUUGUUACCGGACUGUUAACACUUGAUUCCUAGUAGUUUAGUAAAUUAUUAAAUCUUUGAAUCAAAA